GAAGUUCUCAGGUGCGUUAGAUGAGUUUGAAAUUUUUAUAAAUGUUUAGACCGUGUCUAGACAUUUAUCGUAUAAGAUUAUAACAUCACAUUAAAAUAUUUGUUUAAUGAAAUAGAAAUUAUGAGUAAUACUCGAGAGACUGCAGAAGAUUCAGAUGAUGUGUCUCCACCAAAACAAGCUAGAGAUACAUCUUUUCAGUCUGCUUUCAGUAAUUUGAAGAAAUCUAAGUUUUUCAAUGAACAAUUACCAACUCCCAGACCAGAAAGUUCUACGGCAACAACUUCCAGCAGAACCAAUGCUGUUCUUGUCAGUCAAAAACAAAAAGGAAAUCCAUUGCUAAAAUUUAUAACAAAUGUGCCAUGGGAGUAUUCCGACAUUGUGCCAGACUAUGUGAUGGGAAACACUACAUGUGCUCUUUUCUUAUCAAUCCGUUAUCACCAAUUGAAUCCAGAUUAUAUACAUGAGAGACUCAAAUUGCUGAGCAAUGCUUACAAUUUGCGAGUGCUUUUGGUGCAGAUAGAUGUCGCCGAUCCUCACCAUGCUUUAAAACAUUUAACAAGGAUCUCCAUUCUAGCGGACAUGACAAUAAUGUUAGCAUGGAGUGCAGAGGAUGCAGGAAAAAUUAUUGAAACUUAUAAAAGAUAUGAAACCAAACCUCCUGAUGAUAUCAUGGAACGCAGCGAUACUGCGCCUCAUCAAAAAUUGGUCAGUGCUUUAACGACAGUGAGAUCUGUGAACAAAACCGAUGCAUCAACUUUGUUAACAACUUUUGGCACAUUGGCUGACAUUGUAAAAGCCCAAUCCAACACUCUGGCUUUUUGUCCCGGAUUCGGCCUGCACAAAGCUCAAAAGCUUCACAAAGUCUUGCAUGAACCUUUCUUACGCACAUCAAAACCGACAAAAUAAAAAAGGAAGUCAAUGUAUAUAAGGAUGUCGUUAAAAGCCAUCUUUCAUUAUCUUAAAUACUUCAAUCAACCUCUUAACUUCAAUGAACGAGGAGAGGAUAUUUGGUAAGUAUUAUUCAUGUUUAUUAUUUAUGUAACAUAAAUCGAUUACUUGUAUAUACGCAUACAAUCAAUUCUAUGUUAUUUACACAAUUUAUAAAAAUACGACUUAUAGAAUUCUUGAUUACGUUUCUACAAUAAAGUUGUUUCGCACAAUGGUA